UAUUUCAGUCAUAUAGUUCACGUCAAUAAAACAAUAUGGAAUCGGGUGUACUUAUAUUUUGUGCUCGAAUAGUAAGGCACAAAACCAGCGCUUCAGUAUUAUUAUUACUCGCAAUCUUAACAAGCUUAGCAAACGCCUCAACGCAUUUCCCUCAAACAAAAGUGGUGCUCCCACUGGUGAAUAGUUACCACACGCCACAAAAGCGAGAAGUUCAUGGGCAUAAUGAUAGAAUACAUGUUAGUAAUAAUGCUUCUGGAAGGGGAAGUUCCGAAGCCGUUGCAUGGAGAGCAGAAAGCGAGGAAGAGCGAGAAAUAAAUGGAAACCAAUUGAGUUCACCAACAUAUAUCGGAGCAGUCGGCUGGCAUGCAAGAAGAGAGGGGUAUCAGCAAAGGCAAAAGUCUAGCUCGGAAGAUGAUAAGCCCAAAGUACCAAUAGAUGAAAGAAGAAUUUGGGGCAGACAUUCCACUAUUAAUUCUACUGAGGCAGCAAGACAAACUGAGCGAGACGAGAGUGCAGUGCUUACAAGAAUCAAUGUGGCCCCAAGAAUUAAUUUUAAAACUCGGCCACGUGACCCAAAUAGAAGUCGCGAUGUUAUUCCAAUUAAAAAUAAAACAAAUGGCGGCUACUAAUUUUGUUGCUAUGUACUUCAGCAUGUUAAUAUAGUAUGAGAAUAAAUUUAAGUUUAAUGAAACCAAGUAUCGAAAGAAUAGAGUAUAAUAAAUGGGGAAGUCUUUUUUGUAACUUAUAAAUAUCUUUGUGUGCUGGAACUUAUAUAUAAGUAUAUACUAUAU